CGUUUCUCUCUCUAAUUUUCAAAUCCCAUUCUCUCUCUCCCCCCUCUCUUUCUCUCUAGAAAUGGCUACGGUCGCAGAUCCAGCUCCGGCAAAGAAAUCGAGGGGUAGGAAGGCGCUGAAGCAGAAGAAUGAGAUCGUUGAGACGCAGCCGUCUCCGUCGCCGGCUUCAGUGAAGGCACAAGCGGCGAAGUCUUUCGAGAAAGAUCUGAUGGAGAUGCAGGCGAUGCUGGAGAAGAUGAAGAUCGAGAAGGAGAAGACGGAGGAGUUGCUUAAGGAGAAGGACGAGAUCCUGAAGCGAAAGGACGAGGAGCUGGAGAGUAAAGGUGCCGAGAAGGACAAGCUUAAGAUGGAGUUGAAGAAGCUGCAGAAGAUGAAGGAGUUCAAGCCUAACAUGGUUUUCCCUUUCAAUCAAUCACUCGUACAAACAGAACAGGAAAAGAAGGGGAAGAAGAAGAAGGAUUGUCCCGAGACGAAGCGGCCAUCCACACCGUAUAUCUUGUGGUGCAAGGACAAUUGGAAUGAAGUCAAGAAUCAAAAUCCAGAAGCGGACUUUAAGGAGACUUCGAACAUUCUCGGCGCUAAAUGGAAGACUCUCGGCGCUGAAGAGAAGAAGCCUUACGAAGAGAGGUACCUGACGGAGAAGGAAGCAUAUCUCCAGAUUAUUGCAAAGGAGAAGCGUGAGAAGGAAGCCAUGAAGUUGCUGGAGGAUGACCACAAGCAGAAAACAGCCAUGGAGUUGCUUGAUCAGUAUCUCCAGUUUGUGCAGGAAGCUGACCAGGACAACAAGAAGAAAGCCAAGAAGCAGAAGGAUCCGCUGAAGCCAAAACAGCCAUUGUCUGCCUUCCUGAUGUAUGCGAACCAGAGAAGAACAGCGCUAAGGGCAGAAAAUAAGAACCCUGUGGAGGUGGCGAAGGCAACUGGAGAAGAGUGGAAGAACAUGUCUGAAAAACAAAAGUCACCAUACGAAAUGAUGGCGAAGAAGAACAAGGAGGUAUACCUGCAAGAGAUGGAGGUUUACAAAAGGAAGAAGGAGGAAGAAGAGAUGAAUCAGAAGAAAGAAGAUGAGGAACUCAUGAAGCUCCACAAACAGGAAGCACUUCAACUUCUCAAGAAGAAGGAGAAAACCGAAAACAUGAUAAAGAAGAAGAAAGAGACCAAGAAGAAGAAGAAGAACGAAAACGUUGAUCCUAACAAGCCCAAGAAGCCAGCUUCUUCAUUCUUUCUCUUCAGCAAAGACGCGAGGAAGAGUUUGCAAGAAGAACGCCCUGGGAUCAACAACUCGACCCUCAACGCCCUCAUCUCCGUAAAAUGGAAGGAACUCGACGAAGCAGGGAGGCAGAUUUACAACGGAAAAGCCGCAGAAUUGAUGGAAAGUUACAAGAAGGAACUGGAAGAGUACAACAAGAAAUGUGCAGCCACUACUACUUCGUAGAAAGCUCACAAAAAAAAA